AUGCAGGCCGUCGCCCGCCCUCUCGCUCGCGCUGCACCAAACAACCUGCGCCGCGCUGCAGCCCUCUCCACCUGGUCUACCGUUCCGGCUGGUCCUCCGGAUCCCAUUUUAGGUGUGACCGAGGCAUUCAAGGCAGACAAGGAUCCCCGCAAAAUUAACCUCGGUGUUGGCGCGUACCGUGACGGUGACGGCAAACCGUACGUCCUCAGCUGCGUCAGGAAGGCCGAGCAGUUCCUCGCAGCUCAAAACCCGGACAAGGAGUAUCUCCCUAUUACCGGCUUGGCCACUUUCACCAAGGCCGCCGCGAAGCUCGCGUACGGUGCGGACAGCGCACCGCUCAAGGCUGACUCGGUUGCCGUCACCCAGUCCAUUUCUGGCACGGGUGCUCUGCGGAUCGGAGGGGCUUUCCUCGCUCGUUUCUAUCCCCAUGCUAAGACCAUCUACCUUCCUUUCCCUUCAUGGGGAAACCACAUCGCCGUCUUCCGGGAUUCUGGCCUUGAAGUUAAGACCUACCGCUACUUCGACAGAAAAACCGUCGGUCUGGACUUUGAAGGCAUGAAGGAGGACUUGAAGAAUGCGCCAGCAAACUCCAUAGUUCUCCUGCAUGCGUGUGCGCACAACCCGACCGGCGUGGAUCCCACGCCUGAACAAUGGAAGGAGCUCUCGAACAUUGUGAAAGAAAAGUCCCUCUUUCCCUUCUUCGACAUGGCAUACCAGGGCUUCGCCUCAGGUUCGACGACGCACGACGCGUUCGCCGUGCGGCACUUCGUCUCGGAGGGGCACCAGGUCGCGCUCUCGCAGUCAUUCGCGAAAAACAUGGGUUUGUACGGCGAGCGCGUCGGCGCAUUCUCGCUCACGACCGCGGACGCGGAGGAGCGUGCACGCGUGGAGAGCCAAUUGAAGAUCGUCAUCCGCCCGAUGUACUCGAACCCGCCGCUCCAUGGCGCGCGGAUUGCGAGCACGAUCUUGAACCAGGCCGAGCUGUAUGGCGAGUGGGAGACGGAGGUGAAGAGCAUGGCGGAGCGCAUCAUCAGCAUGCGCCACAAGCUGUACGACAACCUCGUGAGCUUGAACACUCCAGGGGAAUGGAGCCACAUCAAGAGCCAGAUUGGAAUGUUCAGUUUCACUGGCCUGACGACGCCGCAGACGAAGGAGCUCGCGGAGAAGGCACACAUCUACAUGACCGCGGAUGGGCGUAUCUCGAUGGCGGGCCUGAACGGCCACAACGUCGACUACUUCUCGGAGAACGUCAGCAAGGCGGUCAAGGGCGAGCUCUGA